AAAGAAUGCACUAAUCCGCGGUUACGUGGUGAAUGCACGAAAUUAGGAAAGUUGCAGCAUUUCAACCGCAAAAUUUAAACGCAUAUUGCCGGCUGUUUGUUGUUUGUCGCUCAUCAUCAUCCGUAAUCUGUAAGUCAAAUUGGCGAUUAAUUAAACUUUUAAACUUUGUUUCAAAGUUCACUGUAAGAAGGUCAUCAACAACUCAACAUGGCAGAUGACAUUGAUCAGGGCGCAGUGGGGGAUGCAGAAAUCCAAUUGAAAGAACCAUUAGACCUCCUCCUUCUCAGCCUUGAUGAAAGAGUUGUUGUAAAAAUGAAGAAUGAUCGUGAGCUCCGUGGCAAGCUACAUGCGUUUGAUCAACACUUGAAUCUCGUGUUGGGAGAUGUGGAAGAGACCAUCACCAUUGUGGAAAUCGACGAUGAAACGUAUGAAGAAAUUUACAAGACCACAAGAAGAAACAUUCCAAUGCUUUAUGUUCGUGGGGACAGUAUUACACUGAUUGCUCCGCCGACAAAAGCUUCGUAUUAAGUGUAUUUAAUAUUUAAUAAUAGUGUUUGUGAAACAAAUGAUUUGGUUAGUUUUUCUUUUUUCAUGCUAAUGAGAAUAAAUACGACUCAAUGUUUGAUUCAUCCGAAA